CCAAUUUCAAGUGUUCAAAAAAUGUUGCAUUUUAUUGUCACAAACGAGGGAGAGAAAGCGGAGGCUACUAGGUGAAUAUUUCUGAAGAGAAAAUGCACAAGCCAAGCUUCACUUUCUCUAAUCUUCCUCUCUACUUUACCUUGUUAAUUUUGGCCGAACAAUUAGUUGAUGUUGGCGCCAAAGUGUAUAACUAUAACCGCUAUGAAUUCCCACCUGAUUUUAUUUUUGGUUCCGGCACCUCUUCUUAUCAGGUGGAGGGAGCAGCAUUCGUGGAUGGAAGGAAAGCUAGCAUCUUUGACACUUUUGCUCAUUCUGGAAAAUAUGUGCAGGGCGACGGAGAUGUAGCAUCUGAUCAGUAUCACAAAUACAAGAAAGAUGUUGAACUCAUGGCAGAAACAGGGUUAGAUGCCUAUCGUUUCUCAAUCUCAUGGUCAAGACUGAUACCUGAAGGUAGAGGACGUGUUAACCCAAAAGGUGUUGAAUAUUACAACAACCUCAUCAACGAACUCGUCAAUCAUGGGAUCCAACCACAUGCUACAUUAAUGCACUUAGAUACACCACAGGUGCUCGAGGAUGAAUACGGAGGUUUUGUCAAUAAAAGUAUUAUAGAUGAUUUCACUGGAUAUGCUGACGUUUGCUUCAGAGAAUUUGGUGAUAGAGUUCGACAUUGGACCACUAUCAAUGAAGCCAAUGUAUUUGUCUUAGGAGGUUAUGAUUCAGGGGGUUCACCCCCAAGUAGAUGUUCUUCCCCUUUCGGAGUUCUUCAUUGCGCUAAAGGAAACUCAACAACAGAGCCAUAUCUUGUUGCUCAUAAUAUUUUACUAGCACAUGCAUCUGCUGCUACACUCUACAAGAAGAAGUAUGAGGCCAAGCAACAUGGAUCAAUAGGAUUUAGUAUCUAUGCCUAUGAUUUUGUUCCUUCAACAAAUAAGCCAGAAGAUGUAAUUGCAGCACAGAGAGCACAUGUUUUUUUUAUUGGCUGGUUCAUGCAUCCGUUGGUGUCUGGAGAUUAUCCAAAGAUAAUGAAGACUAAUGCUGGCUCCCGGAUUCCUACUUUCACCAAAAUGGAAUCAGAUUUGGUGAAAGGAUCAUUUGAUUUUAUUGGAGUGAAUUACUAUACUGCCAUGUUGAUCACACACACAGACCUUACGCCCGAGCCAAGAGAUUACUUAGCUGACAUGGCAACGAAAUGGGUUUAUUAUAAUUAUAGUAGCGCUUCACCAGUUGAAGUGAGUACAUUUCCUCUUAUACCAUGGAGUCUGCAAGAAUUUUUGGAGAAUUUCAAGAAUAUCUACAACAAUCCUCCUAUUUAUGUAUAUGAAAAUGGUCAGAUGACAGAGUAUCAUGCAGCAUUGCAUGACCCAUCAAGAGUAGAGUAUUUAAAAGCUCAUCUUGGAGCUGUGCUUGAUGCUGUGCGAAGUGGAUCAAAUACCAAAGGGUACUUUGUUUGGUCAUUUGUGGAUCUAUUCGAGGUAUUAUUUGGUUAUGAAUACAGCUUCGGCCUAUACUUUGUUGAUUUCAAUGAUCCAAAUCGGACAAGAUAUGCUAAGCUGUCUCAGAAAUGGUACUCCGGAUUUCUCAAAGGUAAAAACGUUACCAUAGAUGAUGAAGAAAACCAAUUACCUAAAAAUAUGACUUCCAUUCUUGCAAAUACGGUGGAUACGGAUAAUCCGGUUUUUAGUUGAGGUGUCUUUAGCAAAGAUGACAUCCAUAAUGGACCAGUAGGCUAAGGAAAGUACGGAUAAUCUUAUGGUAUGAUGAUGUUGGAAGAUUGACAUUGAGAUGGAUUUACUCCGCAGUUCGAUAGCAGAUUUUCUACUUACAACCUGUGUUUGCUUUCGUUUGUUCUGAAUUCGAAACUCUCUACCUUCCUUCCUCUUUUAUUGGGGUCGUUCACUUGAUGCAAUGGCGGUGGUUCACUCCUUGGUGUAAUGUAAAGGCUAUGCUAUUGUAAUAAAUCUCUUCCCUUUCUUGCUAAAAGAAGAAAUAUGAUACUGUCCAUGCAA